AUGAAUUCAGCAGCAGAGCGUACCAACGCCCCACCGCGGCGAAAAUCCUGCGAGGCCUGCAAGAUAGCCAAGCGACGCUGUGAUCUUGCCUGGCCAGCUUGCUUCCGAUGUGCCCGCCGCAAUCAGGUCUGUGUCUAUCCUGGUAGACAACCACAAAGCUUGGACAUGGAGGCAGCAUCGCUUGCAGUAAAUUUUCAGAAACACCCUCUGUUUCCAGCCUGUGCUGAAAUCCAGUGUGUGACCGAUAUCAACACGCACUUCCCAGAUGUAGAGCAGUUAUCAUGUGCCCUCGAGCUUCCGAGCCCCGGAACCGAAGUUGCCAAUCUACUGGCCCAAAUCCCGCCUCUGCAACCUCCUAUGAUGUCGCUAACACAUGAAAAUCCAAGUACCACUGUGAUCAAAACAAGGUCUGUGCUGCCCAUAUCGACAAUAGUCGCGCAACGCCUACAGUUCGGCAUGGACGUGCUGAAACAAGCACCCAAAAUGAUGGUCCUCGAAAGCCAGACGCCCUGGUGUCAUCGCCAAUUGUACAAGGACGGCAUGCCCAGGUCAAUGCAAGACGCCCUCGCCUGCUGCGCCCUCUACAUGGCUCGAAAUGAUAUCAAUGCUCCUGUCAUCCUCUCUUCCUUCAAAACCCGCAUUGACGAUUUGUGUGCAUCACCGCCACCGAGCACGCCUCUCGAAGCACUUGCACACACCCAAUCACUGAUACUAUAUCAGAUAAUGCGCCUGUUCGACGGGGACAUCCAUGCCCGACUGUCCGCUGAGCCUUUUAUUCCCAUGCUGGAAACAUCGGCCUUCAACCUUCUAAACUAUAUAUACUUCCCAGCCGCAGAGCCCGAUACUGCUCUUACCGCGCCCAUGGAUGUCGUCAUGCAGUCCUGGGAUGAGUGGGUAUACCAGGAAUCUGCGCGUCGCACCGCCCUUUUUACGUUUUAUCUGGUGCAAAUAUACCGUUUAGUGACGGGCGAGAACAACCUCACCUGCGACGGCCGUCUGGGUCUCAACCACUCAUGGUACCUAUCCGCACCCCUGUGGAAUGCGCAGACUUCAUUCGACUUUGCCGUUGCAUGGAACGAGUAUCAGCAUUUCGUGGUCUGUAACGCAGAUUUUGGCCAUGUACUUGAAUGCGCGCGACCGUCUGAUGUGGACGUGUUUGGACGGAUGCUCCUCAGUACGCUACUAGGGAUUGACCAGGCUAAGGCCUGGUUUUAUUCCCGAGGAGCUGGCCUAUAAAUUCAUGUCUCGAUGGUACUAAUGCGCAUGUUGCUUCAAACCUACGACCCUUACGACCAAUCUCCGAUCUCCACAG